CAGGAAAACAUGAACAAACUACGCUCCUGCUGUGUGCCGUGCUGCAAGGAUGAAAAGUUUUCACUCGUGCACAAAUUUCCAUCGGACAAUGAGCGGGCCGAACAGUGGCGCCGGGUGCUGGGCAUUGAUAGCUUCAUCGGACUGCCGAUCGAGAUUAUACGCAAACGGUACUACAUCUGUUCGCGUCAUUUCCGCGAUUCGGACUACAAAAAUAAAGCGUCCCGAAGUAUAAACAUAACGGCGAUACCGUCGAUUAAUCUCGUCACUCUGAACGAUCCGGAAGGAUUGAAUCGAGAUCUGCCACCACCGCAUCGGCCCAGCAUGGUUGCGGUUGAACACGCUGUUGAAGUGAAAAAGCACGAAAUUGCGGAAACAAAAGCGUACGAAAGGGCGGAGAAGGAAACGAUCCAGGAAAGAUCAUCGGCGGUUAACGUUGAUUUGAUCGAUUUCAUUGACGAUUCCUUCACGGAUAUGGUGACGGUCGUGACUCCCAAGAAUGUUACUUUGCCUACAAAAAUGGCAAACCUUAGCACGGUCCAAACUCCAUCGCCCACCGUGAAGCGAGUCAUCCCACAACGAACUAUUUCACAGCAAUCAUCAGCCAGUAGCACUGUCGCGGUGGAACCGCCAGCAAAAAUACCCCCAACGGACACAAAUAACGUACUGCAACGGCGUUCAAUGGUUAUGAAACCACCGCUCAAUGUCGUCCCAUUGGCUGGCAGCGGUAUGCCGAUUGCCAAUAAAGCGGGAUCGCUUGUACUUAAACGGGUUAAGGUGCCACCGAUAAUGGUGGAACGUAAAACGACGAUGACGCAAACCGAUGAGCUGCCGGUGGAUGAUAAGCCACAGCAGGCGGAGCAGGAAGAGAAAUUGGAUGUAGAAGCGACUCCAUCUAGCAGUACCAAGGUGCUGGCCCUGCUCGAAUGUACCCCGGACAAUCUGCAACGAUUACAGCGCAAACUGCAGGCCGAGGGUGGCGCACUGUGUCUUGACGAGCGGCUGCUACGUUUAGCCGACGAAGAAGAUGAUAAAGCAAUGAACUCGGACAAGACGGACGCAACUGUGGACAAGAACCGAUUCCUUACCGUGCGGAACGUUAAGACGGAUGAAUCCGUAUCGGUUAGUUACGUUUGGCUGCGGGACCACUGUCGGUGUAAAGAUUGCUACAAUGUGGAGACAUUUCAACGUUCUGGCUCCAUUCUCGAUUUGCCACUCGACAUACAGCCCGAGUCGUGUGAAAUUUAUGACGAAAAGAUCAAUAUCGUCUGGCAAGAUGGACAUCGCUCAUCUUACGAUCUGAACGUCGUGUUUAGCAACCACGUGGACAACUUCCGCAAACGGUUGGAAGAACAACGCGCCCAGCUCGUGCUGUGGGACCGCGAGCUCAUUACGGUCACCAACAACACUUCCCCCGGAUACGCACGUGUCACGCUGAACGAUCUCCUCUGCGAAGAUGCCGUCGUGUGCCAGGUGGUGGAAAGUUUGCUCCGUUACGGGUUUGCCUUCAUUACCAAGGUGCCACCGAAUCAGCAAAGUACCGAGAUGGCCGUUAAACGUAUCUUUCCCGUGCAGCGCACCCUGUUCGGGGACAUGUGGACGUUCAGUGAAAGCAAGAUGGAUCACAGCGAUACGGCGUACACGAACGGGUUUCUCGGUCCACACACGGACAAUACGUAUUUUAGCGAUGCGGCCGGCCUGCAGGUACUGCACUGCAUUCAAUUCAACGGAACGGGAGGAGAAACGUUGCUUGUGGAUGGUUUCCAGGCAGUAAACAGAUUACGCGAAACCGAUCCGGAUGCAUACGAACGGUUGUGUGAGUAUCCGCUCGAAGCGGAAUACAUGGAGGAGGAAAAACAUCAUCGUUUUAUUGCACCGGUAAUACGAAAACAUCCCCUAGUGCCCGGUGCGGUCGAACAGAUCCGCUUUAAUCCAUACGAUCGUGCACCGUUGCGGACGCUAGCGCCUAAGGAGGUGCCACAGUUUUAUGCCGACUAUAGGAAACUGGCGGUGGAGGUGCACCGGGAGGAGGCACAGUGGAAGUUUCAGCUAACACCGGGGACGGUGCUGAUCUUUGACAAUUGGCGCAUACUUCAUGGACGGAUGGCGUACAGUGGGAAGCGGGUUAUGACGGGAUGCUAUGUGGCACGAACGGAAUUUCAAAGCGUUGCACGCGUGUUGAAUAUGAUUGAUUGA